AUGAACGAUACAAUAUGUUCCCCUCAAGACAACAACGACCCAUUGAUAUCUGGAAAUUCUGGUCUGCUACCAUAUUAUCAUCAUCAGGAUCCCAUGAUAAUACAGAUACCCUAUUAUUUCGAACAUAAUAAUGUCAAUAAUAACAAUCCGUUAUACGAGGUUAUUCCUCGUGAUAAUUUGAUCCAAAAUAAUCAGAAUCCUUAUAUGUCUCAAGAAUUACAAAACAAUAAUAUGUUAUCACAAUGUAAUUCGGAAAUAAUUGAUUUCGAACAAAGUGCUCAGAAUGAUAACGCUUGCCCUCAGUACGAAAACGAGUGGCAAAUGUCUAAUAAUACAACCGAGGUAUAUCCUAAUAAUGAUAUAGCGUAUCCACAUAUGUAUAGUUCGGUUUUGGAAGGCCCGUUCCCAACUUCAAACCUCAUGACGAUGGAGGAGACUUUAUACACACCUCCAUACCCUCUGAUAUCAUUCAACGAUGCACAAAAUUUUAAUUAUACGUUUAGUUCGACUCAACCACACACCUAUGCACCAGUUCCCCCUCCUUUGUACGAGGAUUAUCAAUCAUGCGUCACAAUAAAUGAUGAUUCUCCUUUAAAUUCUCCAAGCUCUCUCUGUAAUCAAAAGUCCCCUGUAUAUACAAAAUGGACCGAAGAGGAAGAUGAACGCUUGCGAAAUGCAAUAAACAUAUAUGGACCUCACAAAUGGUCUCUGAUUGCUGCUCACGUACCAAAUCGAACUCCGAUGCAGUGCUCGACAAGGUGGUUAGGCGCUUUGAAUCCAACCAUUCACAAAGGACGUUGGACACCCGAGGAAGACGCGGCAUUAAAAGAAGCGGUUAGCGAAUACGUUGACCUUCUUGAUUCAGACGGCCAUCCACAGCCGAUCCCUUGGAACAAAAUUGCCUCACAUAUUCCUCACAGAACCGGAAUUCAGUGUCAAGCUCGUUGGUCAGAAGCAUUAGAUCCAAAUGUAAGAAAAGGUAAAUGGUCACCUGAUGAGGAUGAAGUAUUGAAAGGUGGUGUAAGUAGAUAUGGUAGAUGCUGGAUACGUAUUGCUGAGUUAAUUGAGGGACGAACUCAGAGGCAAUGUCGAACGAGAUGGGUGCAGAUCAGAAACAAGCAGUUAAAACUUGAACGAGACACUAUUGCCGCCAAAAAUGUUUCUGCGUCAAGCACGGUGUCGGUUGAAAACGACGAAGACAUGGCAAUGUUGACCCCGCCACAUACGACACCAUCCACACCGAUGAAUCAUACACCGGUCAUGCCAGUUAUAUUGCUUGGUGCCGCGUCAAAUAUGAACCCAAUCAAUGCUGCACAUCAUCAAGAACCACAAGCGAUGAACCCACAAAGUCCCACUUUGUCUCCGCCCACGUUACCCGAAAAUUCUUACACGACUUUGGAAAAUAUUCCUUCGUCCGUUGAUUUCGAGCAAGAAAACCUUCAUUAUAAAAUGUCGAAUAACGACAUAUUUAAUUUUAGACAUUAUUAA